CGCACGCACACACACACACACACUCCCUCACAGGCACGCGGCGCGCGCGCUCCACUGGACACUGGCUCGCGCGAUCUCUUGUCCUCCUCGAGCCCGCGCGACUUAUGCACUUUUUCGACAAGGUACUUGUUUCAAUCGGAAACCCAAUCGGGUUAUAAUGUCUGAAUGAGACAUUUUCAAAGGUACGGUUAAAGAAACUGCACCAAAAUGUGAAUAUGAUCAGCCGAGAAGGCAAAACAGAAUGCACAGGCCACUGCCUCAAAACCAAAGUUGACUGACUCACAAAGAGUGACUCGGACUUGAGCAUCCAUGUGUCAAAAGAGACCACAGACAAUUACCCGAUCUAGAGGCCUUCAUAACUUUUCUUUUUAGAACACGCAGCUGUCAAGAAAAGGGGUCAACCGUCUUUGCCAGCAGCACUUGGGGGACAUUUUUUCUUAGUUGUGCUGAUAUCUAAGCAAUGGCCAUGGUGAGAGGGGGCUGGGGAGAUCCCAAUGGGGAUACUAAUGGACUUGGUGACAAGGGUUACCUGAGGGGAGAUGAGGAUGACGGGUCACAGCAAGGUGGUGGCAGCGACAUGGAGGCUGCGGAUGAUGAUAAAGGCUGUGUGGUGGACUGUGGGGUGUGCGGUGAUAAGUCCAGUGGAAAACACUACGGCGUGUUUACCUGUGAGGGCUGCAAGAGCUUCUUCAAGAGGAGCAUCCGACGAAACCUCAAUUACACCUGCAGAUCAAACCGAGACUGCCAGAUUGACCAACAUCAUCGCAACCAGUGUCAAUACUGCCGUUUAAAGAAGUGUUUCAGAGUGGGAAUGCGAAAAGAGGCAGUUCAGCGCGGACGCAUCCCUCCGUCGCAUUCCAACCUCAGCCCAUCCACAACUCCAGUGGGCGGUAAUGCUGGAAGCGGCGUGAACGAGUUCUACAACGGGCAGCCGGUCUCUGAGCUCAUUUCACAGCUUCUGCGGGCAGAGCCCUACCCCAACAGCCGCUACACCCAUCAAUACAGCCAACAGAUGCAGGGGGGCAGCAGCGGAUCCUCCAUGGGCAUCGACAGCAUCUGUGAGCUGGCCGCCAGACUUCUCUUCAGCAUCAUUGAAUGGGCCAGAAACAUUCCUCACUUUCCUGAGCUGCCCGUGUCUGAGCAGGUGGCCCUGCUACGGCUCAGCUGGAGCGAACUGUUUAUUCUAAACGCAGCCCAAUCUGCCCUGCCGCUGCACAUGGCUCCGCUGCUGGCCGCAGCAGGCUUUCACUCCUCUCCUAUGUCAGCCGAGAGGGUGGUGGCCUUCAUGGACCAGGUGCGUGUCUUCCAGGACCAAGUGGAGAAGCUGACCCGUCUGCAGGUGGAUUCAGCAGAGUACAGCUGUCUCAAGGCCAUAGCUCUCUUCUCACCAGAUGCUUGUGGACUGACAGACCCAGCUCACAUCGAAAGCCUGCAGGAAAAAGCUCAAGUGGCCCUGACUGAGUACGAGCGCAUGCAGUAUCCCGGGCAGCCCCAGCGCUUUGGGCGGCUGCUAUUGCGACUGCCCGCUCUGAGGGCGGUACCCGCCAACCUCAUCUCUCAGCUCUUCUUCAUGAGGCUUGUAGGGAAAACACCCAUCGAGACGCUUAUCCGUGACAUGCAGCUCUCUGGGAGCUCCAUUAGUUGGCCCUACGUUCCAGGACAAUAAUCAUCAGACACGAUAACAGAGCAGUACUUUGACAAACUUUCUCUGACUUGAGUUUUUUAAGUCAGGCAUUAACACCCAAUAUUGGCUGUGUUAUUCAAUGCAACAGGGUCAUACUUAUGAAUCACUAGUAUGUUGCAGUUGAGCCAUGUUCUGUGAACUGUUUUAUGAUGCCCAAAACCAUUCUCGAAAGUUUGUUUAUGACAAACUUUUUGCCAGUUGAGGUUGAGAUACCAGGUACAGUUUUGGAAUGAGUUCUGUCGGUUAAGUUUGAACAUGAACGUUACUUUAAUGUUAUCAAAAUCACUUUGGACUGCCGCUGGAGGUUUGGUUCUUGGACUACCAGAGAGUGUAAACACAUUCCAUGAUCCAAUCUGAAACAGAAUUGAAGUUUAGGCAUUUACCCGAUCAAUCAUAUUGUGUUAUUUAAACAGAGAUUGAAGUUUGGAGGGAAAUGCUUUUUUAUUAACCAUUUGGCAAAUUCAUGACUAUUUGUUCUACUUUGUUGACUCAAGACAGAAGUCUACUGCAGACGUACCUCUUCAGCAUUGUUUUAUGUUUUUAAUCCCAACUCGCAUUCUGCAUUUCAGAUGUUAUAAAUGAAUGGCAAAAUGAAGUAAUUGUAGUUUUCAGAUAUGAAACCAGUGAACUUUUUCUACAUGGAUGUGUUGUUGAUCCACAUACUGACAAUUGUGUGUCUUACAGCUGAUUAUGCAUGGUUUGUGUUCUUCUGUUUUGUUUUUUGUUCCUUGUUUUUUAGACCUACACCAGUUAAGAAAAACUGGUAAUGACAUCAGACUUAUGUAUGUUGACCAAGAAAAAAAUACCUCUGUUAUGAUGGAUGAUCUGGCAUUCGUGGCUGUAUUCAUUUUAAAGUGUAACACACCUGAGCUGCUCAUUUCACACUAAAGAGGAAUGAUUGGAUAUAUAUAUAUGAUUGGUUUGUUAUGAAUGCUAUUUUGUCUUGUGUGGAGCAGUGCUCUAGUGAGCACAGUUGACGGCAUGUGGCAUUGGCUCUUGUUGUGAGAUGUAAUUUUUCUAGCCUUAGCAUACAUGACUAAUAUUACCUCAUAUUUAGGCCUUGAAACAUAGACGGUCUAAUAUACACAAAUCAAAACAUGCAAUGUGUACAGUUUUCAUUUUAAUAUCUUUGUCUUUUUAAAUAUUUGUGUAUGACAGCUUGAUUAAACA